CGUGGGAAAAGCUGCGCUGCUGGCGGGCCGCGGGCGGGGCAGGGACGGGAACUGCAAGACCGCAGCGCACUCACCGUGUUCACGAGGCCUAGGCAGCCCCGUGGCCCCCUGGGCCAGGGAUGUCACGAGGGGAGGGGAGCGAGGCUGACGUGCCCUAGGUGACCCCGGGAGAUCUGCUCUCCCUGCGAAGCCGAACCACUGUGCCGGCGGCCGGCUCUCAGAGAGCCUGUUGGCGGCGAGCCGACUCCGGGAGCCCCCCGGGACCUAGCCCUCCGACCGGCCCCUUCCCUUUUCCCUCCGAGCAGGAGAGAAUGUCUCCCGGUCGGUCCGUACAGAAAACUGCGGUGCGCCCCUUUGUUUCCCGGCACUUUUAAAUCCCGUUCCUGUGCGGGCACGUCUGUGUCGCAGAUGCUAAGGUGCCUGCGCCGCUGGUGGCUGAGCGGUGGCGAGGCUGGACUGAGGCUGCUGGAACGCCACCUGUUCACCAUGAAGCUGCAGUCCCCGGAGUUCCAGUCCCUGUUCACGGAAGGACUGAAGAGCCUCACCGAAUUAUUUGUCAAGGAGAACCACGAGUUACGGAUCGCAGGCGGCGCCGUGCGGGACCUGCUGAACGGCGUGAAGCCGCAGGACGUGGACUUUGCCACCACCGCCACGCCCGAGCAGAUGAAAGGGAUGUUCCAGUCGGCCGGCGUGCGCAUGAUCAACAACAAGGGGGAGAAGCACGGGACCAUCACAGCCAGGCUUCAUCAGGAAAAUUUCGAGAUCACCACGCUGCGGGUUGACGUCACCACCGACGGAAGACACGCCGAGGUGGAGUUCACGACCGACUGGCAGAAGGACGCGGAGCGCAGGGACCUCACCAUCAACUCCAUGUUCCUAGGCUUUGAUGGAACGUUGUAUGACUACUUUAAUGGUUAUGAAGAUCUAAAAAAUAAGAAAGUGAGAUUUGUUGGACACGCUAAAACAAGGAUACAAGAAGAUUACCUUAGAAUUUUAAGAUAUUUUAGGUUUUAUGGGAGAAUCGUGGACACGCCCGGUGACCACGACCCGGAGACUCUGGCGGCCAUCGCGGAGAAUGCCAGCGGCCUGGCUGGAAUAUCGGGGGAGCGGAUUUGGGUGGAACUGAAGAAGAUUCUCGUUGGCAAGCAUGUGAACCAUUUGAUUCACCUCAUCUACGACCUGGACGUGGCGCCUUACAUAGGCUUACCUGCUAAUACAAGUUUAGAAGAAUUUGACAAGGUCUGUAAAAAUGCUGAAGGUUUUUCACCGAAGCCAAUGACCCUCUUGGCCUCGCUAUUCAAAGUACAGGAUGACGUCACAAAGUUGGAUUUGAGGUUGAAGAUUUCAAAAGAAGAGAAAAAUCUCGGUUUGUUUAUAGUCAAAUACAGGAAAGACUUAAUUAAAGCAGCAGACAGCUCGGAACCACUGAAGCCCUAUCAAGACUUCAUUAUAGACUGCAGGGAGCCUGACGCGGCCGCGCGCGUCUGCGAGCUGCUGAAGUACCAGGGCCAGCAGGCCCUCCUGCGGGAGCUGCAGCGCUGGUCCGUGCCGCCCUUCCCCGUGAGCGGCCACGACAUCCGGCGGGCGGGCGUCUCCUCCGGAAAGGAGAUCGGGGCGCUGCUGCAGCAGCUGCGGGAGCAGUGGAAGAAGAGCGGCUACCAGAUGGAGAAGGAGGAGCUGCUGAGCUUCAUCAAGAGGCCCUGAGGCCGCGGCCCGCCUACAAACACAGCC